AUGGAGUUUUUAACAGAAACGUUAGGCAAGAGAGUCCAUGAUCCGUUUGUGGAGGAAUCAAGGUGCAUAAUGAUCCGUGGACCAAUCAUUGUCGGCUCCGGACCGUCGGGACUAGCCACGGCGGCGUGUUUGAAGUCGAGAGACAUCCCUAGUUUGAUUCUAGAACGUUCAAAUUGCAUAGCAUCACUAUGGCAACUCAAGACAUACGAUCGCCUCCGACUUCAUCUCCCUAAACAUUUCUGUGAGCUUCCAUUGAUGCCUUUCCCUUCAAGCUAUCCUAAUUACCCUACAAAGCAACAGUUCGUCCAAUACCUUGAGUCCUACGCAGAACAUUUUGGCCUAAAGCCUGUUUUCAACCAAACUGUGGAGGAUGCCAAGUUCGAUAGGCGGUGUGGGUUAUGGAGGGUGAGGACUACCGGAGGAAAGGAUGAGACAACGGAGUAUGUCUCCCGGUGGCUUGUUGUGGCGACGGGGGAGAAUGCGGAGGAGGUGAUGCCGGAGAUUGAUGGAAUGGCGGAUUUUGGUGGGCCAAUCCUCCACACAAGCUCUUAUAAGAGCGGCGAAAUGUUUAGAGAGAAGAAGGUUUUGGUCGUGGGAUGUGGAAACUCCGGGAUGGAAGUUUCUUUAGAUCUUUGCAACUUCAAUGCUCAUCCUUCUCUUGUAGUUCGUGACUCGGUGCACGUAUUACCUCAAGAAAUGCUUGGUAUAUCGACAUUCGGGAUAUCCACUAGCCUGCUCAAGUGGUUUCCAGUGCAAGUGGUGGACCGGUUCUUGUUACGUAUGUCUCGAAUGGUUCUUGGUGACACUGAUCAGUUAGGUCUAGUUCGACCAAAACUCGGCCCUCUUGAACGCAAGAUCAAAUGUGGAAAGACUCCUGUUUUAGACGUUGGUACUCUCGCCAAAAUCCGAAGUGGACACAUCAAGGUGUAUCCGGAUUUGAAACGGGUAAUGAAACAUUCGGUAGAGUUUGUUGACGGAAGAGUGGAUAACUUCGAUGCCAUUAUACUCGCUACGGGUUACAAAAGCAACGUACCCAUGUGGCUAAAGGGAGUGAACAUGUUUUGUGAGAAAGAUGGAUUUCCAAGGAAACCAUUUCCUAAUGGUUGGAAAGGCGAUAGCGGAUUGUAUGCAGUCGGUUUCACAAAGCUCGGAUUGCUUGGUGCAGCCAUUGAUGCCAAGAAGAUAGCUGAGGAUAUUGCGGUUCAACGAGAUUUGUUACCAUUGGCUCCGUCUCAACAUUGUUAA